AUGAGGUUGAAAGAAAAAUAAGAAAUUUUAUUUAAUAAAAAUUGUUAAAUUGAAUUUCUAAAAAUUUAAAACAAAGUCUAAAAAUAUAUUCCUAGGUCAGGGAAUCAGUAGUCUAGAGAGUAGUUUUUAAAUAACCUGGUUAAAAAGGAGCCUUCUAUAGAAGAUGAUUUUGAUUAAUGCUUUGAUAUAAUAUCUAAGGAUUUGAUUCAAAAGAAUGCAUUUGACUUUGUAUUUACAGAUAAAAUAACUAAACAGGAAAUAAAUUAACAACCUUUGCAAGAAACUCAGAAGGAAAAAUACUCUAAAAUAUUCAAAGACAUCCUUCAUCAAAUAAAGAACUUCAAAAAUAAUGAAUCAAUUUCCUCAUAUUGCAACCUUUCUAAUUUAUAUAUGGAGUUAGAAUACAUCUCAAAAAUAGAUUUAGACAUAUUCUUAAACACUAAAGAUAAUAAGGAUUUAUCAAAAUUUUGUGAAAGCAAAGAUAAAAAACAAGCAAUUUUAUUAUUUUUAAAGUCUUUUUAAAUUUUUGGUUAUGGUAUGAAUACUGAAAAUUUAGAUGAAGUUGAAGAUUUAGUUCUUUUCAAAAAAAGAAAAACGAUAUUAGACUAUUUAACUUUUCAAGAUAAUUCCUACUAUGAAAACUAUCUACAUGUUUCUCAUGAAUUAAAAUUUUUAGAUGGAUUAAACUUGAGACUUCAAAAAAAAGUUAUUGAACUUAAUGAAUAUUAAGAGUAUAUGAAAGAAUUCAAAAAAAAUCAAAUAUUUAUCAAACAUAAAAAACUAUUGUUCAAUGAAAAGGUUAGUAUUAGUAAAUUUUCAAACUAUAGUAAUAACGAAAUAGAUUAUGGAUUUUUCGAUGAGAUAAUGAGUUUUAAGAGUGACUGGAAACAUAUUUAUUCCUUGAUCUACGACACUGUGAUAAAAGAAUAUAGAUACAAUCAAACAUUAGAUGCAACCACGAUCCAAACUAUAAUGGAUGAGCUAGAAAUUAAGAUUGAUCAAUUGAAUUAAUGCUUUUUUAAGUAUGGAGCCAUUUUAGGAGAUAUUGGAUAAGGAUUAUUGUAUAACUUUGCAAUAUUUGUAAUUUGGAGGAUAUAAUGUUAUUAAAAACAUUUAUAAUACAAAAAAUAAGAAUAAAACCUAAUUUUAUUGAAAUAGGAGAUAUUUGAAAGGUUUUUGGCUGAUAUAAAACAAGAUUAAAGCUAAUAAUCAUUUUUAAAUGGGAAAGUCAUUGCCAAAGAAAUUAUUAAAUAAUCAAUUAGGCAAAAUUCAGUUAAUUUUGCAAAGGAUGCUCGGGAAACAUUAAAUCAAUUUGUAAAUGAUCCUAAAAUGUAAAGUUUUGAUUUAAUUGCUGAACUUGACACCAAAUUAUUUAAUAAAAAUGAGAAAUAAUAUUCUUUAGAUAAAACUCUAUAGUAUAUAGACAAUCCUGUAGAUUUUAUUGUGAAAGAGGUUAAUGAGAGAACAAAUAAAAUAAGAGAACAAAUUACAACUUAAUAUAAUCAGAAAUUACAGGAUAACUAGAUGAAAGACUUAAACCAUUUGCUUUAGAAGUUAUAAAACAUUUCAUAACAAGUCAAAAAAAUUCUUAAGCCAUUUAGUUUUUCACCUAAUUAGAUAAUCCAGAUGAUGCACCAAGGAUUUUAUAAAGCCAUUCUGUUCAUCUUUUCUUGUUUUUCUUCCAAAUACUUUAAUGGUUUUGUAAUUGAAAAGAUUAAAUUCCAAGAAAAACAAUAUGUAAAAUUAUAAAAAUUCAAACUUGAAAGAAUUGAAACAUUAAUUAAAUAAAAGAAAUCUACUCAAAUUGGGUUUUUUCUGACAAUAUUGAUGAAAAAAUCAAAGAGAAAUUUUUAUUAAUUUGGAAAAAUAUAGGCAAAGAUUUGUGCCAUUAUAGAUUUAGUAGGUAAGGGAAGAAAUAUAAUUAUUUGGAUGAUCAAAGUACAUUUUAGGUAGCCUAAUAACCAAGUUUCCAUUAUGUCAUUUUAUUAGAUGACUCUGGUUCUAUGCAAGGAGAUAGAUUUAAUCAAGCUUAAAAUGGAUUAAUCUCAUUUUUAUCAUCAGCAAAAAAUAAUUAGAAUAUCAAAGUUACAAUCAUUAUCUUCAAUGAUAAUGCAAGAUGUGUUGUAGACUUUUAAUCUAUCAAUAUGCAAACUAUAAAAAAUGCAGUUGUAUGCAAUGGAGGUGGUACUAGCUUUAAAGUGCCUUUUAAUUAGCUUAUGAAAAAAUUGUGGCUGUAAAAAACUUUGACUAAUUCAAUAAGUAAUACAUUUGAAUAAAUUUAGACAUGUCAUAUUUUUUUAUACAGACGGUGGAGAUUCAUAUCCAGCCUCAGCAUUGGCCCAAUUUGCAAGAUUGCCAUAAUAAUAAAGAAUGAAAAUUGAUUUGAUUGCUUGCUGUCUUGAUAAAUAAUAAAAGACAAUGAUUGAUAUAACAGAUUUCUUUAACAAAAACUGUUCUGUUGGGAGAUUGUAAGACCAGAUGGAACCUUCAUAAAUAGGAGAAGCUUGGAGAAACUAGAUAUAAUUCAUAAUAGUGUGA